AUGCCCGAAGGCUCUUUGGCACAGCUGCGCUUUGGUGUGUUUGGACUGGGCAACAAGAACACGCGACACGACUUCAACAACGCUGCCAAGAAACUGCACGCAAAGCUGUUGGCACUCGGUGCCACGGACGUCCACAAGCUCGGUCUCGGCUGCGAACUCGAUCCCGAUGGGCACUACACUGCGUUCGUGCCGUGGAUGAUUGGGUUUUUCUCGGGCAUCGUUAGUGACGCGGAGAAGGAGGCGCUGGAGAAGAACCCCCUGCACAUCUCCUCGGCCCUGUACAAGGUCACCGAGCAGCCCGCGCCCGAGCUCUCCGAAAGCAUGUCCAGCUCGCGCCGCGUCGAACGCAAACGCGGCGCUCCGCCGGGCUACACCUACGUCAAGCUGAAGCGCAACAAGAAGGUCACGCCCGAGAACUACAUACGUCGCAUCUACCGAGCCGACAUCUCCCUCAAGCACACCGAUUUGAACUAUGAGGUGGGCGAUCACAUCUCCAUCUUGCCGCAGAACGACGUCGGUUCGGUCUCGGCCUUCAUGCGAUUCUACGAUCUCGACCCCACGGCGUCGCUCACCAUCACUCCGAUCUUGGAAGGCCUGCCGCCGCUGAAGAUCACGCAGCCGCUGACCGUGAGCGAACUGUUGACAAAAUACCUGGACCUGUUCGGGCGGCCCACCAAGCACCUGAUCCGCUUCAUCGCCCAGUCGCUCAGCCCGGCCGAGAAGCAGAAGCUUCAGCUGCUCAUCGACGAUCCCGUUGCAUGGGAGUCGUUCCAAGCCGAGUUCCCCUCGGCCUGCGACAUCUUGCUGCGUUACUCGUCUGUCCGGUUGACCCUCGCCGAGCUGGUCACCUUCAUCCCCCUGAUUCGGCCCCGCCUCUACUCCAUGAUCAGCUGUCCUCAGCUACGAUUGAUCUAUCUUUGCCGCGAGUGGCGCGCGCCCGGCGGGAGGACAGUGAAAGGACUGGCCACCUCGUAUCUUUCCCGCCUUAAACGCAAGCACGACCUGUUGGCAGUGAAAAUACAGAAGGGCGUGUUCCGGUACGACGAACAGAAGGCCAAAGCGCCGCUCAUGUUCGUCGCUCUGGGCACGGGCGUGGCCACCGCCAUCUCCCUGCUCCACCUCCGCAAGGCCAUGCUCGAUCAAGGCGCCACGGUGGGCUCAAUGGUCCUAUUCUACGGCUGUCGACACAAGGACCAGGAUUUUCUAUUCCAGAAGGAGCUCGACCAGUUCGUCCAGACCGGGGUGCUCAACCAAGUCGUGUCGGCGUUCUCGCACGAUCAAGAAGAGCGCGUAUUCGUACAGGACAAGAUUCGCGAGAAGAAGGAGCUGGUGGCCUCCUAUGUGCAACACAAGGACGCCCUUUACUAUUACUGCGGGCUGGGCGGCGUAGUGCCAUUCUUGGUCGAGGAGGCCAUCGGCGAGGCGAUCGUCACCAUGGGCAAGUCGCAGCACGAAGCCGAAGCGUUGAUCACGGAGAUGCGGUCCGAGCAGCGGUGGUUCGUCGAGGCCUACUCUGCGACUCUCACCAAAAACCUUGAGCUCGAGGUGAUAGAGAAGCACGACGUGGAGGAGGUGCGUGCGCCGGUGAUCUUCUCGGAGAAGGGCAGCCUUCGCGCCGGAUCCUUGGAGAAGGUCAUCGAGUGGGUGUGCUCUAAGCCAUUGACCGGCGACAACCGGAACGAGAUCUGGUCCGAUAGAGAUGCGUUCCUGUUGUGCUAUCGCCAGUACUGCACGCCCGAGCAACUGCUCGAGAAGAUCACCUCCCUGUACGUUUUUGCCCCGAGCCGGCACCCACCGCUAAUCUCCAGCCUAUGA